AUGAUCCUGCGCGGCAAGCGUGCUGCGGCACAGGGGGACGGCGGCGGCAAGCGGCGAUUCAAGUCGCUGUCUGGGCGGCGUGUGAGCUUUGCGCCCGAUGACGAGCUGGAGACCAUGCACUUGUUCACGGACAAGAAGACGCCCUCGCCGCUGCCCCAGCAGCAGGCGGGCACGCAGCCUCUGGGGGAGCUGCAGAACCUGGUCCACGGCACGCCCAGUCAGCAGGGCGCACCCCAGGCAGCUGCACGGCAGCCGCGCUUCGACUCGUCCCACUCGCCCGUGUUUGGCGCGGGCGGCAAGGGCGGCGCCGCAGCGGCCGCGGCCGCGAGCCCCGGAGGCCCGUUCUCCCCGACCAUGUCAAUGGAGAUCACGAACGACACCAUUCAGCAGGAGGCCGCAGCCAUCGCCGCCGCGGCCGACGCCGCGGCGCGCGGCACGCCGUCGCGCUUCCGCGGCGCGGGCGGCGGCGGCGACGACGACAUGAGCCUCACGCUCGACGGCGGCGCGCCGGGCGGCGCUGCGGGCGCUGGGUAUGACGGCACGGGCACGUUCAACAUCACAGAUAACGUGCCCGGCCUGUCGACGCUGGUGGAGGAGGACGAGGAGGCGUUUGCGGUCGAGUCGGCCGGCGGCAACGAUGGGACGGCAGAGAUGGACCUGACCGGACUGACGGGCGGCGCCGGCUUCGCGCCCGCCGCGCCGCGCGCGGGCCUGCCGUCGCCCUCGCCCGGCCGCUACAACACGCGCCGCAGCAGCAGGGGCGAUGCGGACGCGCACGUGGGCGCGGCGGCGGCGGCGGCGACGCCCGUGGGGGCAGACGCGGCGGCGGCGGCUGUGACGCCAGGGAGCAGCAGGCGGCGCAGCGGCGCGCGCAGCGCGGCCGCCGCCGGCAGCGUGAGCCCGAUGAUCAUGUUCACGCCCCCCUCCGCAACCAGGACCACCCCUGCGCAUGGGCGGGCCUCGGCCGCAAAGUCGCCCGCCCCUGCGGCGUCAGCGGCGGCGCGCGCGCCAGCAUCUGUGAGCCCCUCGCCGCUGCGCCGCUCGGCGCGGCGGUCGGCCGGCCAGGCGGCGUCGCCGCUGCCGGCGGCGCUGCAGGCCGUGCAGGAGGCGGAGGAGGAGCACGUACCGCUGUCAGACAGCCACGAGCAGGAUGCAGCCCAGGAUGAGCCGCGGGAGAAGAUGCAGGAGGAGGGCCUGGAGGAACAGCUUGAGGGGCAGGAGGAGGGGGAGCAGGAGGGGGAGCAGGGAGAGGAGCAGGAGGAGGAGCCCGGCCCGACCGCGCGUGCCCCCUCGCCGCUGGCCCUGUCCCCGGUCGCCACCGAGCAGACGGUGGACACGUCGGCGCUGCGCGACAAGUGGGGCUUCGUCCCCGGCGACGACGAGAACACUAUGAAUCUCGAGCUCGACCGCCAUGGGCCGCCCUGUUGCUAA